CCACAAGCGCCCAAGCCCGCGCAGACGAUCAAGGUCCCCCGUCCGCCGCGGCCGACGUUUACCAUGCAGCGCCUGUCUGCGGAGAAGGACCUGCGGGCUGCGAUCAAGGAGUGGGUGGCCGAGUUCAGGGACGAGAGGCCGUACGGCGAGGAUGUCGCUGCGCUGGCGAAGUACCUGGGCAAGGUGGUCAGGGAGGAGCGCGAUCUGGGCAAGGCUGUUGGCGUCGUGAAGUGGCUGGACUGGAUUGUUGGCGAGUUUGCUGACGAUCAGGAUCAGGAUCAGGAGUUUGAGGCGGCGGAGUGGGGAGAAGCCGUGCAGAGGGUUAAGGAUGGUGUGCAAGACGCUGCUAAGGACCGGGGAUUGGGCGCUGUUGCAUUUGACUGA